AUGGACUUAGAUAUAGCCAUCGAGGCAAGAGAGAAAGUACGCAAUCCAACAAUCAAAUUGAAUAAGAAAUUAGCCAUAGCUAUAGGAGUACAGGCCCUUACUAAAUCAGAGAAGAAACCAUUUGAUGAAUUAGUCUCAUAAGAACCAACAAAUAAAUUGAUUGCAGUUCAUUUUGGAGUUGGCGAUUAAGAUGAUUAUAAUACCAUCUGCGAUUUUGUUAAACAGUUCGGAUAGAACAAAGUAAUGAUCUACCCUGUAAGGAAUUAUGCAUUUAUUGAAUUCUAAACCAUCCUAUAGAGUUAACAAUUAAUACAAUCUUUAUAAAUAUUUGAGAAUAUCAAAUACGCAAAUCUCAAGUAUCCAAAUAAAGAGAGAGCCACCAUGUUCUUUUAUACAAACUAACAAGAUUUGACUGGAGGAGGAAUGUGUGAUAUCCCAAAUGCCAUGAGACAAGUCAAUGUCCCAGGACUGUAUUUAAUUCACGAUUUUAUAACACCAGAAUAUGAAAAAUACAUUAUGGAUCUAAUAGAUAAGCAAGAGUGGUCAAAAUUGAAAUAAAGAAGAGUUCAACAUUAUGGCUAUGAAUUCAUAUACGGAGAUAAUACAGUCAAUGUCGAUUAACCUGCAGAAAAGAAAAUACCUGCUUUUCUUGAGGAUGUCAGAGCCAAAGUGUCUGAUCUAGUGAAACCUCAGGCAGAAAUAAAUCAACUUACAAUUAAUGAGUAUUUGCCAGGCAUGGGCAUUCCACCUCAUUUUGAUGUUCAUCCUCCAUUUCAUGAAAAAUUUGUUUCUAUCAGUUUGCUCAGCGGUUUGGUAAUGUCCUUUAAAUCCUACAAAGGAGAAGAACAACAUUUAUAUCUCCCUCCUAGAUCUUGUGCUUUUUUUACUGGAGAAGUUAGAUUUGCUUGGUUCCACUCCAUUGCCUCAAGGAAAAUCGAUAAAAUAGAAGGCGAAACCCACUUUAGAUCAAGAAGAUUAAGUUUGACUUUUAGAACAAUUAGGAAUGAUUUGAAAUGUGAUUGUUAAUAUAAAUUCUUUUGUGAAUCUUAGGGAUUCAAUCCAGAGACAAUGAAGAACAAAAACCCUUUGUUGCAAGAAUAUUUAGCAAAAUAGAAUUAAAAUGGAAUUGUGUAGGACAAUAAAGUUGUUCCCAAUAAAACUCAAGAAGAAAUCUAAUUACUCGAAGAUUAACAAUAACAAUUAUUACAAAUACCUAAAGCUACAGAAGUAGAAAAGAAAUAUGUCUAUGAAAUUUAUGAGAAAAUUGCACCUCAUUUCAGUUCAACUAGAUAUAAGCCUUGGCCUAAGAUCGAACAAUUCCUCAAAUCCCUAGAACCUGGAUCUCUUGUCGCUGAUGUCGGGUGUGGAAAUGGCAAAUAUUUAGGCUCAAAUCCAGAUAUUUCAAUGAUUGGUACUGAUAGAAGUGAAAAUCUAUUGAAAAUCUGUAAAGAGAAAUCUGAAGCUUAUUAAGUGUUUAGUGCUGAUUCUCUGAGAUUACCCUUAAAAUCUGAAAUGUUUGAUGCAGUAAUCUCAAUUGCAGUCAUUCAUCAUUUCUCAAAUAAAAUUCUUAGAUAAUAAGCAAUCAGAGAGUUGCUAAGGAUUUGCAGAUCCAAAGGACUAAUAUUAAUAUAUGUUUGGGCUAUGGAAUAAGAGGAGAAGACCUUUAAUGAACAAGAUGUCUUCGUGCCUUGGAAUUUGCAAUUUAAAUAUGAGGAUGAGAAAGUCAUCAAUUAGGAAGUGUAAUAACAAUUCAAAAUUGACGAUCAAAAAAAGACCGUUGUGUAUAAACGAUAUUAUCAUGUGUUUAAGCAAGGCGAGAUAGAGGAACUAUUGUCAGAAAUGCCAGGCUUUAAGAUAGUAAAUAAUAAUUAUGACCAUGCUAAUUGGGUGGUUGUGUUAUAAAAAGAUUGA